AGGACAAACAAGGCGUGCUUAGAAAGGUUAAGGUAGAGGUUCAUAGAGACAGUCAAAGACACACCUCCUAGAACUCUUCGAGGCUGCACAACUCGAGGACAAGCAAUUUUUGAGGUACUGACAGCUUUAUUGUUCACAAUACCACAUAAAAACUUAGGCAGCAAGGACGAGCAACUGUAUUGAAAGUACGGCAGGACAGUUAGUGCGAAGAAGGGAAGAAGUAAAAAAAUUGCGUAAGAGCAGUAGACUAGCGCCUUGCUUAUUUUAUAUCUUUUAGCAGAAAGAAAACGAACAAAAACAAAUCGGUGUAAAGGGAAUUAAGAUUUGUGAUGUAAAGUAGAUUUUUUGAAGAAACCGCGAAAAAUAUAAUUAAAGCACUAUGGCUCGUUUCCUUCCUAUCCAUUCCACCGAGGAGGUUGCGCGCAAGGACCAGCAAGGCCUGAAUGCGCGUGUGCAGCGCGCUCUGGAGCGAGCCCAGAGCGGGGACGAGCGCGCGCUCAGUCUGGUGGGAUUUGGUCUCUCGGAAUUUCCGGCUGUGUUGAUUCAGAAGGGCAGUGAAUAUGAUUACGACAACGCGCACAAUACCAGUGACAUCAACUCCGCAAGCAUGACCACGCCUGCAGGGGGAGGAUCUUCGCAGUGUGCUACCAAACCCGUCGACUUACGCUGGGACAACGAAGAUAGCCAAAAUAACCGCCCAGCCUCGUCUUCUACCAGCGCGUCGGAAAAGAGCGAGGAGAACUACCGACUGUCCACCACUCCCUUAUGGAUUGCAAUUAGGUCUGGGUCUGGAAGAGUGCAAGAUUUGUGAUGCAGGUUUUCGAUGGCCCAUGAGGUCUGGAAUGCAGGGCCUAGCGUGACAGAUUCUGUGCGAUCUCUCUCAUGCCUAUCCUGCAUGAGAGACUCCCUCCAGAGUUGGUCAAAACUGGGCCACCUUUGGUAACCAUGCAACACAGAUUUUUGCAUGCUUCAGAUUUAGCAUGACAAGUUGCAUUCUUCCAGACCCAGACACUUUUACAUUUGAUAUCCCUCCACCGGUCGCAACUCGACGGUCAGCUCCACCACGAGCAGCAAGGGUAAAGGGAAAAACUUCUCCUAUCCCGUGUAAAAACGUCUCCACCUCCCUCCCAGAGUCCAGAUGGGAUAUCUGCUAGACAAAUGAACAAGCCUUGGUUCUUGUUGCGCAUGACAAGUAAAUUUGGGGUUGCGGUGUAGUCGUAUGUAGCUAUCGCAGCAGCAUCACAGAUCGAGCGCCUCAUCCUGAUUCAAGCAUGACAUGUUCCAAAACACCAGUAGAAAAUACUUCGCAUGGAGUUGCGCAUGAUGAACAAUUCAGUCUUGCAGAUUUGCAUGACAAGUACUAGGUGGGGACGUUUUUACACAGGAUAUCUUCCGUCUGAAGCCCAACCCGGCGUUUUUCAACGAGAAGAAGCAGCAGACGAAAGACGUGAAAUGGUGGGAGGAGGAAGAAAUCCGGCAGAUGGACCUGAGUCAAAACAAAUUGCAGUUUAUUCCCCACCUGCUUUCCGCCUCCCCGCUGUUUCACAACCUGGAAAAGCUGUCCCUGCAAGAAAACCAAUUUUUCGGGCUCCCGUGCCAGCACAAGCUGGAUGUAGCGAUUUCGGGACUGGAGAAUCUGAAAACUCUGGAUGUGCGGGAAAACACGAUCGAAUCCCUCGAGGAUUUGCCGCUGAACAUUGUGGAACUUCUGUGCAGCUGGAACAAACAGUUGCAGAAAAUUGAACCGGUGAAAGAUACAACAAAAGCUGUUAGUACACCAGGUGGAGGACAAGACAACGGCGUGAAAAACACGACCCCGUGUUCUCAGCUCGCGAUUCUGCAAGCGGCCGAGAAUAACCUGCCCUGCCCGAACUUUCUCCGGUUCUUCCCGAACCUCGUGCGGGUGAAUUUGAAGGCGAAUGCGCUGACGGGGCCGUUCGGCCCCUUCGACUGCUUGCGAAAUGUGGUGGAGCUGGAAGUGGACAAAAACCGGCUGACAGGUCUGGACCUGACCCUGAUGGACAAACUCCGAACGCUGACGGCGUCGCAAAACCAGAUUUCGAUCGUGCAGUCCGGGACCGUAUGGAUUGCAAAAAUGUCUGGGUCUGGAAUGUUGCCAGGUUUGUCAUGCAUAUUUUGCAUGGCCCAGGAUGUGUUUGUAAUGCACGACCUAGCAUCACAGAUCCUUAGAGGGCUUCCUGAUGCCUACUCCGCAUGACAAAAGCCCUCCCCGGGUAGCACAAACUAGACUCCUCUUGCUAGUCAUGCAAUACAGAUUUUGUUAGAGUCCAAAGUUAGCAUCACAAGUUCCAACCUUCCAGACCCAGACACUUUUGCAAUUCAUAGACCGCGAUGCUCAACUUGGAUACUUUGAACUUAGCAUACAACCGGCUGCACUAUCCAGGAAAAUAUUAUACCAUGUAUUCCCAUCCUCAAUUUGUCAUGCAAAACAUGAAAAAUGGCCUGCAUUUGUCAUGCUAAAACGGAUCAUGGGGAACAAGGUUUGUUUAUUUUCCUAUGGAUUCACUCGGCGACAUGGAGGACCGGAUUUUUUUGAACAGCGGUGGCGGUGGUCAUGGCCAACACGUAGUCUUCGACCAAGAACUACAAAAUGAGUCCAAAAACAACACCGCUUCCCCCUUUCCGAAGCAAACCCCGAGCAAUUUGACCGUUUUGAUUCUCUCCAACAACCAGUUAAGAUCGCUCCCGGAGCACAUGGCCCUGAAUUUUCCGCACCUCCAAACGUUAGAUAUUCAGAACAACGACUUGACCUGCCUGCCGACCAGCUUGGGCUUCUCUCCCGAGCUGAAACGAAUCGUCACCGACGGGAACGCGAUCAAGGCCAUCCGGCCGCAAGUGCUCCGCGGCGGUGUGGAGGAUUUGAAAAAGUAUCUGCGAGACCGGCACAACGUAUGCAUUAAAUAGAAAAGCAUCGCACUCAAUAGUAUCAAUUGCAUAUAGAAAGUAAAGUGUGCUGCGCAAUGAAAAAUGGAAUUUGCAAUUAACAGCGACGUCGCUGCAAAGUGCAAUCUGUCAUACGAUUGCAAUCAGUACGACUAAGAGUGCGAUGCUUUUCUUGCACGGGAUACAACAACUCGCAUGUUAAUAACAAUAUUGGUCCCUCGUCGUCGUCGUGUAGUUUUAGCGACAACAGCGUCAACAUCCCAACCGGUGUAGACGGGUUCGUUGACCUGUCCCCCUUCCAGCAAGAACUGCAGCCAGGUAAUAAUGGCAGUUUUCAGUCUUCUGGAGGUGGACCGCAAUUCGACCUGCCCGACACUUCUUCUUCGCGACAGCAGCAGUACUUACCCGCGGGUAGAAGUUCAUCUGGGAUGAAUACCACUUCUAUUGGCGGUUGCACUGGGAACAAUAUUAUUCAGAACAAGAACCGGACCUCGAUCACGUCUGUCACUUCGCCCGCGGCGGCGGAAGUCGGCAGUUCUUUUCGAAAUGUGGAAACGCCCGUGCUCCUGGGCGCGCUCGCCGGGGUACUGGCCGCGAAUAAUGGGCACCAUCAAACUACCGACAACAUGCCAAGGUCCUCCAGGAUGAGCCACAACUCCGGUCGUGGGGGAUUCGAAUCUUCUCCCGAUCAUUCCGGCGUGGGACGGCUCUCGACAGUCCAAAGUGUGCAGCAGCAGGUCUGUCCUGGAGGGCAGGCUUUUGGCGGUGGAAACAACGACAACAAUCCCUACUACUCGACCACGUCUCCGCCUUAUUCGGGCAACGGCAUUUUUCCGACGGGAACGAACGCGAGGAUGCAAAAUAAUCACAAUAUAAUCCCGCCCCCACGAGGACCCUUUCCCCCCUCUGGAGGAGGACACCAUAAUAACGAGCAGAUCCCCCAACAGAACUUUGCGGGAUCGUUACCUCCUUGUCCCCGAAACAGUAACAUGAACAUGGGUAAUAUUCGUAUUGGCGUGGGCUCUAGCUCUACUGCAGCUCCCACCUACCCUGGCGCCUCCGUAGCGGCAGGUGGACGAGUUCCUGGUAACAACAACAUGAUCAACGCCUACUACGAUAAUAACUCGACGGGUGCUCCUACAACCACGCGCGACCCCGCUUCGAUUAUCCAGGUCCGCGGCGUUUUCAAAAAUAAAGUGAUUUCCACGAUCGACAUGCUCGCUCGCGAGCUCGAGCACAAUUUGUGCGACGGCUACGCCCCCGAAACUACGUGCCCGCAAGCUCUGCACUUCGAAAACUGCGGUGGCUACGCGCUGGAGGACGCCGGCAGCAUCUGUGCGUUUCUGUCCUCCUCGCCGCUGCCGGGUUUCGAUUUUAGCCACCUGCGCCAGCUGGCCUUCGUCCGGUGCAACUGGGGCACGCAGAUUCACCUGUUCUUACCGUUCUUACAAUCUUUGGAUUUGAGCCGCAACCGGUUCACUUUACUCCCUGACGUGAGCACGUGCCUGAACCUCCACGAGCUCCGGUUGUCGCAGAACCGCUUUUCCCGCCUGUGCGGCCAGGAAGCAGUGCAAAAGCUGCCGCUCGGGGGAAAGUUGACGGUGUUGGAUUUAUCGGACAACCAGAUCCAGGAGAUUACCAACGGAGAAGUGUUCGCCGUGACGAAGUUAAACACGCUGUUGCUACAAAACAACAGCCUGCGGGACUUGCCGUUGUCCUGGGGCUGCUGGGUGGCGCUGCGGGCUUUGACGCUCGAGGGGAACAUGACGCGGCGACACUGCGAGGUGCUGGCGCGCCGGGGUGUGGACGGGUUCAAGAAGUACCAGCGGGAACGAUCUGGCAUGAUCGACUGAACGAAUCGGAUUUUGUAGAAGUGGAAACGCAUUAUUUUUGCAGAAAUGAAAAAUCUUUUGAAGCGUAAUUAUAAACGCAUACCGAUAUUUUACAAGAAGAUGCAGCUCCUGUGAAAGAAUGAAGCUCUUUAUGUUUUGUCGUGUGGUUUAUUUCUAUAUGAAAAUAAAGAUGUUGAAGAGACUCCAGAGGAUGUCAACACUUCAGGCAAACUGGUGGUUUUUUACAAUUCAGGAGGUGUAAAGUGAAGUGAGAACAUGUGAUAGGAUUUUACAGGACCGCUGCACAACUGCUGGAAUAAAAGACGAU